ACUUCAAAACAACUUUUCACUUUUUUUUUAAUGUCACAUUAAAUGAAAUAAAAGCCGGCAAGGCACACAUAAUAGAUUAUUCGCAACGUUCUGACUAAAAUUCUAAUCAUUUCUAUAAACAUUUAACAAACCAAUCCAAAAGAGAAACGGUUACAAUGUCGUUUAGUUUUGGUUCUAAUACUUCACAACAAAAUACUCCUUUUGGAAGUGCCGCAAAACCAGCUUUUUCUUUUGGUAGCACGAAUACAGCAACAACGAGCACUGCUGGAUUCGGAGGUUUUGGAACAACUACUUCUUCGGCCGGAUUUGGUGCAUUUGGAUCUACUACAAGUAGUACAGCAGCACCUUUUGGCACUCAACUAGGCACCACACCAGCAUCAACUGCUCCAUCCUUGUUUGGGACAACUGCUUUUGGUAGUACUGCUGCUAAACCAAAUACUGGUUUUGGUGCCGGUUUUGGGACUAACACCUUCGGGACUGGUACAUCAACAUUUGGCAGUGCAGCACCAACAUUUGGUACAAACACUUUAGGUGCAAACACAUUUGGCACUCCAGCUAAUACAGGGUCUACAUUUGGCACUGCUUUUGGCACCAAACCAGCUACCUCUGGAUUUCUUGGUUUUGGUACUGGUCUAGGGGCCACAAAUACAUUUGGACAGCCACAGCAACAACAACAGCAGCAGCAACAGCAACAACAACAAGGGCCCGCAACUGCGCAUGAGGCGCUUGUUGCUGCCGUGUUCAACUGUUGUGUGUUUGGAGAUGAAAGGGAUCAAGUACUGGCCAAGUGGAACCUUUUGCAGGCACAAUGGGGUGUUGGUCAGGCGUAUUAUAACAAGAAUGCACCUCCAUUGGAAUUAAAUGAACAGAAUCCACUUUGUCGCUUCAAAGCGGUAGGAUAUUCCAGACUGGCCGGUAAAGAGGACAAGGAUGGCCAUGUCUCCAUGUUGUUUAAUAAAUCGGAUCAAGAGAUCAAGAACAAUCAGCAAGCAUUUAUAUCAAUGAUAUCUAAUAUACUUGGAAAUAAACCGAAUUUAGCUGUCAAUGUUGAAUCAAUAAAUACAGUUGCCGAGAAUAAAACUCAGGUGGUGAUAUAUGUAAUAGAUAAGAAUGUGGGCACUGCUCACAUUUCAGCGUCAGAAUUGGCCGCGUUUCUAAACAAUGGGAACGCGCGAACAACUCUCACUUCAUCUGGCUGCGGUAACAUCACACCGGCCACUAAACCCACUCCACAAAUGUUGGAACAGUACUUACAGACUCCGCCACCUGGUAUGGACUUGCGAUUAUGGAAACAGGCACAAGCUGAUAAUCCCGAUCCAGAAAACUAUAUUCCAGUACCUAUGGUUGGAUUUACUGAGAUAAAGCACCGUGCGCGCUGCCAGGCGGAGCAGGGUGCGCUGCAGGCGAGCUGGUUGCGGCGUGCGGCCGACACGCUGGACGAGCUGCGCACGCGCCGCGCCGCCGCCGCCGCCACACUCGCGCAGCUCGCAGCACGUCUGCACUCCCUCAGACAUCUCCUGCUGCAGGUGAUAGGUAGGGAGGAGGUGUCGGGGCGUGUGGGAUGUGCGCUCACCCCGGAGGAGGAGGUGACGCGCGCUCGUCUGCAUGAGCUCUCAUCUCAGCUCGCCGCACCGCCGCUAUUUAACGGUCGUCUGAACGAGUUGUUGUGUGCGGUGCGGCUGCAACGCAGCGCGAGUGCGGGCGCGCCUCAGGAGCGCUAUCAUUUAGACCCGGGAGCGCAAGAAGACGUGAAGCAGUUCCUGACGAUGCAGCAGCGCGGUAUGGCGCACCUGAUGGACACUGCGCGCAAGGACCUCGCCGCCCUCAACACCAUCGCCGAGGGCAUGGCGCGGCUCGUGCAGGCCUAGCGCUUGCCCGCACCAGCUUCAAUAUUCUUAAUGGAACCUGCAACUUUGUAAGCAAACAACGCACAUUAGACGCUAGAUUACUUGUAAACUCCAUUUUGAAGAAUAAAAACUCGUCCUAAGAUAUGAUUCUCGACAAUAUUUGAAUUUCAGGUUCGAACCUACAAAAGGACAAUCUCUAAUUCUUAUGCACCCUUAACCAAUAUGCUAUUGGCGCUGAAUUUAUCAAAAUUUAAAAUAUUGUGAUGAUCACCAUGGCAAGUGACGUUUGACUUUACAAAAUUUAGGUACAAUUACCUAGGCAUUACUAUCUGAACCGCUCAUAGCUCACUAGCGCUCCCCUGUUAACGACACAAGAUCCUCUUUCUUGUAGCUGUCAUGUCCUUUUUUAUGUCCAUUUAGGUUUUAUGUAUAUUCUGACGGAAGCUACCGCGAUAGCAGCGCCUCUCACCGGUUCAGAUAUCCUUGUUUGAUUUUUCGUAUAAAUAUGUCACUAAGAAAAUUUGUACUUGUAUAUUGCAUGCAGCAUGCAAUAAAUGUUAUUGAUAUA